AUGGAAGAACUGUUUCCAGAAGAAGCUCAACCCAAACCCCAAACCUCGACUCGUCCAAAAGAGCGCGACAUUCCACGACUGGACGUCCACGCUUCCCUGCCCAAACCGAAGACUCCGCGACCAGAGCAACGUGAGCUUGCCAGAAACGUGAACAAGGACAACUGGUGGAACCGCGCGACUGAAUCCGUUGCACCACAGCCAUUAGACCGAAAAAGACGUCAGCGUGUCGAGGGAGUACUUAUGCUACGCAACGCGAGCAAGACUCUGGUCGAGGAUGACUUUACAAGAUUGAUUCCACAAGGAUUGCACAUCGAAGGCUGGACGCUGGACCAAGCAGACAUCGUCAAGGUCGUGCCAGGACGCAAUACAAGUACUCUGGAGCGCCAAAACUUCUAUUUCAUUCUUUUCAACUCGCGCGCUGCCAUGAACGCCUACCGCACUCAUGUCAUAUCCUUGCACUCGCUUGCCUCGAGGCAUGUCCAGUCCAGCUUGACAUCGCCUAUCCCUCCUCCACCGGGUUACCACCUCAAUGGCCAAGAUAUCGAUUCUUUGUUGCAGACUUACACCCUCCUUCCUCCAUCCCGUGUCAUGCAUCUCUUGCCUCUGCCUAUGCAAGUUUCACCUUCGAUUGUUGACAUCAUUCACAAUCUGGGUUAUCCGGAUAUCGUCAAGGGUCCUCUAAAGGAGCCAUACGUUGUCAUGAUCCGUCUCGAGGGUCCUCAGCUGCCCAUCACUAUGGUCAAAGGUGUCUUGGGAAAGGUGGAACGAGAACGAAGAAUACCGUGGAACCGCGAGUUUGGUGAGCUUUCAUAUCGAACCUGGGAGCCAAAACCAAAGAACGUUUCGCCGUUCAGCGCAAACACGCGCCUAGAUAAGGGUGAGAAUAAGAACAGGAACAGCUGGUUGGAAGAGAUCGAAGAACUCGCCGAGAUGGAAAACUCGGUUAAGCAGGAUGAACAAGACGAACGACUGGGCAGACGCGAGAGACGCAAGGUCCGAUCAUCGCAUCUCUUUGGCUUCGACAGUGAGGAUGCAGCCCUUACUUUUGUACAGUACUGGCACAGAAGACCGCUCGACCUGAGUGGCAUGAAUUUCGAUAGCGAUGACAUCGCGCCCGUAGUGGAUGCGGAGCUGUUGUGGUAG